AUGGGUUAUUUCACUGAAGUCUUCGGCACCACCAAUUUCCUCCACCACCCACAUCUGUCAAGCACAUGGCCUGUAUCACAGGGAAGUAAGGAGCCAAUGCUGGAGCCAAUGCCAAGUCAAGUUGAGCUAAUAACCGAACCAUACAUUGUGUCCAUUCACAUGCGCCUGGUCCUGAUUAGCUCCCAGGGAGAGCCAGACCCAAUCACACCAAGCAGCCAGACUGAUCCUGGUCUGUCAGCAGAUUCAGAUGGUGUGGCUGAAGCACAGAGUGGAGCAGCACCCACAGCUGAGGGCUAUUACCUGGAGUUCCAGGAGCCAGUCAACAACAUCACCCACCACCAGGGCCAGACAGCCACACUGCACUGCAAAGUGACAGGAAACCCUCGACCGACCAUCCGCUGGCUGAAAAAUGAUGCCCCUGUGGUCCAGGAGCAGGGACGUAUAACCAUCCGCAAAACAGACGCAGGUUCCAAGCUCCGCAUCCAGGACCUGGAUACUACAGACACUGGAUAUUAUCAGUGUGUCGCAACCAACUCAUUCAAAGUCAUCUCUGCCACAGGCGUACUCUAUGUUAAACUAGGACAGACUCCCACACACGGCCCAGGAGAUAUGCCACGUGAAAAAGGUUUCUGCCAGCCAUACCGAGGCAUUGCCUGCGCUCGCUUCAUCGGAAACCAGAGCAUAUAUGUUGAAUCUCUGCAGAUGCAGGGUGAGAGUGAAAACCGCAUCACAGCCGCAUUCACAAUGAUUGGAACCUCCACUCACCUGUCAGAUCAGUGCUCCAAUUUUGCCAUCCCAUCUUUCUGCUACUACGUCUUCCCUCUGUGUGAUGAGACCUCCCGGGGCCCUCGGCAGCGUCAGCUCUGCCGAGAUGAGUGUGAGGCCCUGGAGAAUGACCUGUGCCAUGCUGAGUACACCAUUGCCCGAUCCAAUCCCAUGAUCCUCAUGCAGCUGGAGCUUCCUAACUGCCAUCUGCUACCACGGUCAGGCACACCUGAUGCUGCUUCCUGUAUGAGGAUAGGAGUGCCACCAGAAAAACUGGGUCCAUAUUCCCCCACAGACCAAAACUGCUACAAUGGAAGCGGGGAUGACUACAAGGGUACAGUCAGCAUCACUAAAUCCGGUCACCACUGCCAGCCAUGGAGCGCUCAGUACCCUCACAGUCAUCACAUGUCCCAGGAGUACCCUGAGCUCUGGGGGAGCCACAACUUCUGUCGGAACCCCGGAGGCCAGAUGCAGGCGCCCUGGUGCUUCACCCUGGACCCUCAGGUUAGGGUUGACCUGUGUGACAUCCAGCCCUGCAAGCCUCCAGAGAACCCCAGGAAUGAGAUUCUGCUCAUUCUAAUUCCUGCAAUUGCCAUACCAUUGGUCAUUGCUUGCCUCUUCUUUCUGGGUUGCAUGUGCCGCAAUAAGCAAAAGGAUUCAACUGGCACACCACCUCGCUGCCAGCUCAACUGCUCACCCAGUCAGGACAUGGAGCUUACUCUCCACAAUCAGCAAAAACACCAGGCCAAGCUGCGGGAGAUCAACAUGUCAGCAGUACGAUUUAUGGAGGAGCUUGGUGAGGACCGGUUCGGCAAGGUUUACAAGGGCCACCUGUAUGGCACAGUGCCUGGUGAGCAGACCCAGGUGGUGGCUAUCAAGACAUUAAAGGACAAGGUUGAUCCCACACUCGGUGAGGAAUUUCGACAUGAAGCAAUGCUCCGCCUGCAUCUUCAGCACCAAAAUAUUGUUUGCCUGCUGGGUGUGGUCACCAAGGAGCAGCCAAUGAGCAUGAUAUUCACCUACUCCAGCCUUGGUGACUUGCAUGAGUAUCUGGUGAUGCGCUCUCCCAACUCAGAUGUCGGCAGCUCAGAUGAUGACAAGACAGUCAAAUCCACACUGGAGCAGGCUGAUUUCCUUCAUAUCAUCACCCAGAUUACUGCCGGAAUGGAGUACCUCUCCAGUCAACAAGUAGUCCAUAAAGACCUUGCUGCCCGAAACAUUCUUGUCCUUGACAAACUCAACAUCAAGAUCCUAGAUCUGGGCCUGUUCAGAGAUGUCUACUCAGCUGAUUACUACAAUCUCAUGGGCACAAGUCCUUUCCCCAUUCGUUGGAUGUCCCCAGAAGCUAUUAUGUAUGGCAAGUUCUCCACUGACUCAGACAUUUGGUCUUAUGGUGUGUUGCUGUGGGAAACCUUCAGUUACGGUCUGCAGCCAUAUUGUGGCUACUCUAACCAGGAUGUGAUCGAGAUGGUGCGCAGCCACCAGCUACUAACCUGUCCAGAUGACUGCCCAACCUGGAUUUACACCCUCAUGCUGGAGUGUUGGAGUGAAUUCCAAGCAAGAAGACCUCGCUUUAAGGACAUCCAUACACGUCUGCGCUCCUGGGAGAGUCUGUCCAACUACAACAGCUCUGCUCAGACUUCAGGCACCAGCAACACUACCCAGACCAGCUCUCUUAGCACCAGCCCUGUUAGUAACAUCAGCAUGAGCACAACAAAUGCAUCCCGCUACACCAGCCCUAAAAAGAGCUCACCCUUCCACCAGCCCCAGUUCAUGCCCAUGAAGGGUCAAAUGCAUCGGCAAGUGGUGCCUCCACAGCUCUACAUCCCUGUCAAUGGAUACCACCCCAUGCCAGCUUACCCAUACCUACAGAACUUUUACCCAAUGCAAAUAUCCAUGCCUAUGCCUCACCAGCAGAUUCACCACCCACCACAGAUGGUCAACAAGGCUGGUUCUCACCAUAGUGGCAGUGGUUCCACAUCUACAGGCUAUGUCACCACUGCGCCUUCCAACACUUCUGUGACAGAACGAGCAGCUUUGCUAAAUGAGGACUCCAAGGCCAAUAAUGAGGACUUAGCUGAUGGGGCAUCCCAGGAAGAGCUACAGAAUAAUGUGCACUUGUCAGUGCCUGAAACAGAAUUGCUAGGUGACAAUGACCAUCCACAGACUGAUGACUUGGCGAUCCACCCAUCAGACACAUAA